AUGUCAACGAUAGCCUCCCCGCGUGAACCCUCGCUCAGCGGCCGCCGCAUCCCCCUCCUCUCGACACCGACCUCCUCCUCGCGCCCAUCUCUCGAAACCCCGCGCCCAAACGCAAACGACAGCAACCCACCCUCUUCCUCUAACCCCGUCUCCCAAUUGCCCGCGAACCCCCCGAAACGCAACCGCGCCGCCCUCCGCGAGUACUACAACCUCCAAUCGCAAUCCCAGUCCCAGUCCCAAAGGGCGGCGGCAGCCCCCUCCACCGCGUCGCAGGCGCCCUCCUCCCCGACCAGCUCCUCGAUCCACUCCUUCCACAACGACAUCCCCGACAGCGAGUGGGGGGAGCUGGACCGCGAGGGCUUCGACGCCGCCGGGUACGUGCGCAGAGUGCUGGAGGAGAAGAGCCUGGCGGAAGUGCUGGCCAUCUACCGCGGGGUGCUGGGCGAGGUGCGGAGUCUGGAGGGGGAGAGGAAGGCGCUGGUCUAUGACAACUACAGCAAGCUUAUUGUGGCGACGGAGAUGAUUGGAAGGAUGAGGGAGGGUGUUGCGUCUGCUGCGUCGGGGAAGGGGAAAUCGGAUGGGAAGGAGACUGGGAAUGUUGGUAGACUGAAUGAGAAAGGGAAAGGGAAAGGGGGUGGAGACCAGGGUGAUGGGGUGGAAGGUGUAGAGGAGUUGGUGGAGAGGGUACGGAAAGCGGUUGAGGGUCUCAGGAGGGAAGGGGAGGAAGUGGAGAGGAGGGAGCGAGAGGAGCGGGCGAGGAGAGCGAGGACGAGGAGGGUGGUUGAGAGGGUUCUGGGAGCGCCGGGCAGGGUGAGGGAGUUAGUCAAGGAAGGGAAGACAGAGGAGGCGAGAGCUUAUUGGGGGAAGGAGAGGGCGUUGCUGGAGCGGUGGAGGGAGCGUGGCGUCGGUGGUGAGGAUGUCGGCUUGUGUCUCGACGAGGGGGAAGAUGCGCUGCGAGGAGAGGAUACCACGUCUUGA